AUGAAUUCCAAAGUCAAUUCGCUCGAGGAGAAAGUGAAACUGCCGCCAACGGAGACAAUAAGCCGUUGCUAUCAGCCGCAGCAGAGCAACCGUAAGGUCAUCCGCAUCCUAACGGUGGCCGUCUAUGUGCUCUGCGUAUCGCUGGCGGCCAUAAUGCUGUCGCUAUACUAUAUAUUCAUAUGGGAUCCGACCAUACGGCCUUUUGUUACCAAGGCCAAUCAGUGCGACAAAAUUGUGAUACCCGAAAAGAUUGCCAUACGCCUAAUAAACUCAUCGGAAGUCACCGCAGAGCAGUUCUACAAGCACAUCCUCGAGCAGUAUCGCAUCCUGAACCAUUUGCAAUUGCAGCGCCAGCAGUUCCUGCAGAAGCAACAUCUCCAGCUGCAGCAGCUGGAGGCGAGCAAUCGCUUCCAGGAGGUGUUCGCCACGGCCACCAUUAUACAGGCACAUCCACAUCCGCAUCCGCACUUGCGUGAGCCGCUCAAGAAGCCACCCGUCGCCCACUCCAACAACAACAACAACAGCAGCAGCAGCAGCAGCAGCAAUCCGGUCGCCUAUCGCCUAGAGCCGCCGUCAAAUGUGGACGGGUCGGCGCACCACAUGCCCCUGGUGCUGGAUACAUCCCCGCCGGCGGAGGGCAUGGCACAUCUGAAGCGCAAGAGCCACCGCGCUGGCCACUACAAGCAUCAUCGUGGGCGCUCCGGCGGCAUUGGGCCCAAAAAGCAGCCGGAACGCAGCGGCUCCACAUUGCCGGCCAGCAGCACAGCCUCCGCCGGAUAUGCGCUGGGCGAGCAGCCAACGGCGGCGGCACCACACGGCUACAUGGACACACCGCUGAAUCCGGCAGCCGGCACCAUACUGCAGCAGCCGCUGCAGCUGUACACCUCGAUGCCCAUACCGCUGAUCCUCAGUCCGAGCAACAGCGAGAAGCGUCCGCCGCACCACAGCCACAGUCAUGCGCAUGGCGAGCGACGCGGCCUGGGUGGUGCCCAGGUGCGACGACGCACCACCACGGCCACCGUGUCCGGCUACGAUGCGCAGACCUACCUCAAUCCGUUCCUCACCGGCGAGCUAAUCUUCGAGAAGUAAGCGCUGCAAAUGUUGCCCCAAUAACUAACACACACACACACACAAAGCGUUAAAUAGUUGGCCAAAGUUUAGCUAAAGAUACUUUACUUUAAGCAUCUGGCAUGCACCAGAUGGCUGGGGAAUUCUGGCACGGAAUUGAGACUCGGACACUCUCAUAUCACAAGUACUACUGUACUAUACUCCCAAAGCGACGGCAGAUGCGUCAAAUAUACCUAUACACACACACACACACACAUAUAUAUAUAUAUAAAGUAUAUAUCAGAGUUGAAUGUGACCGGGGUUUCCACUAGGUUAUUUUCUUCUUCUUCUUUGGAACCAUGUAGAGCUCUUCUGGCUGUUUGACUCGACUGUGAACAGUGAAAGGGCAGCUUUUCUCAACUGCCUUGUAAAGUUCAUGUUAGUUGAAAUGGUUUUCAUUAAGAAGGUUUUCAAAUUGGCAACGCUUUGAUCCUAUCAACAAGUUUUCAAAGCGUUGAGGGCGUAUUUAUUUUGAACUCGCAGGUACAAUUUAACUUGCAGAAUAUUUACCAGGUAGAUUAGCGGGCUGCUAAAUCUAGCUGCUUGUAAAUUUAGCUUCACCUUUUAAACUGGCUGGCAACUCCGAAAUACUCAAAUUCUUUUUUUUCCCCUCUGAACUGUUUGCAAAAUUGCAAUUAUACAUACACUAAAAAAAAUUGUUUUAGUGUAGACGUUUCGAAUAGUAGAUAUAUUAACGGGGGAACUACCAGGCUCUAAGCUUAGAUAAUGUUAUAAGUACUCCUAGAGCUCGACUCUCGUAAAUACCAAAAGAGACAGCAGAAAACACGAUAAACAUAAAUCCUUAUGUAUAAACAGAGUUUUGCAUAUUGAUGGUUAACAGUCAAAUUUAUGGUUAAUUUUUGUAAAGGUGGCAACACUGCCAUGCCAAAUUUGGUAUUAAACUUCAUGUUAAAACGGCAACUAACUUUAACAGGAGCUUGAAAAAUAUGUUAGAAACGAAGCCCAGUGGGAACGAGCCAUUAUUUACACGAUAUUAAUUGGAUAAACCCAAUCGAUAGGAUCGUUUUUGGGUAUACUAACGGGUUCUAUUGAGGAACCCAGCCCCAAAAUUUGUGCUCAAAUAAUUUAUAAACCAGAGAAGAAAGCUGGAGACUUUGAUAAAUACCACAAACAUUGCAAUGAACACACCUUCAAUACGUAUAUAUAUAUACAUAUAUAUCUAACUAUAUCAACAAAAAGAAAAAACCUAUAUAGAGGGGCAUUACUUAACCUACUUUCUAGAACCAAACACACACACACACACGUUCACAACUAAGGCAUAACACGGCGAACGCAAUACUCAAUAAUAGUUAUAGUCAAAAGUAAAAGAAAUAGUUAAAUACGAUAGUUAGGUACUUGUAUACAUAUGUACCUAGACGGGACCCACUCCAAAUAGAGCGUCACUCGCAGCGGCAAGCAACGACACCCCACCUAGGACACUGCUUUAAGGCAACAACAAUAACUAGUUAAAAAAAGAAACAAAAACAAUUAAGUAUAACCAACAAACACACUCUCACAACAAUUCACAAAACUAUAUAUCUAUAUAUAUAUAUAGAUCUCACGGCAUUCGGCAUCAACGAAAAUAUCGGAGAGGGUUCAGCUUGGCAAAUUGCAUGAAUAUUUCAUAGAUUGAACACAACAAUUGAUAACGAUAACAAUUUAUAUGGUAUUUGUAUAUACACUAUAGCUAUAUAGAGGCCAUAAUAUAUGCAUAUAUACAUAUUAUCCACAUUCCGAGUUUCAUAUUCGAGGCAAAUCCAACGGAACCGAGACCAAAGUUUCUGCCGCCCUCAAAAGUAUGCUAUGGAAAUUUGCGUGGGUUUGUCUUCGCAAUUGGCUAAAGCUCGUACAUGUACAAGCGUAUAUAUAAAUGCAUAUAUAUGUGUGUUUUUUAUACCUUUUUUUAAAGAAAACAAAAACAAAAAAAAAACAACAAAACAAAAAUGUUCUUCAACAUUUUCAGUUGAGAUUUGCGAGUUGGUAGCGUUGAAAGUUAGCGAGAGAAAACGUUUUUUUCUUUUUUAGUGAAAUUUGAUCAAAACGGUUUUUGAUACAAUGUUUGUUCCUAAAAAAGAAAGAAAAACAAGAACAAUAUAUACACACAUACAUAUAUACAUAUAUAAAUAUAUAUCUAUAUUCUAGGAUCAUCUAGUCAGGCAUUCGUACCAAAUAUAUUUCUAAUUAGCGACAAAUUAGAGUAUUUCCAAAUAUAUGGACUUAUCAGAAAGUCAAUAUUUAAAUGCAAAAAGCAACAAACGUAAAAAUUUGAUAAGAAGAAACAAACGAGUUUUAUAUUCAAAUGAGAGUUUACAUUUUUUGGUAGAUAAAUGCUAGAGUUCAAGUUUUUUAAAUAUUUACUUCGGUUAGUUUGAUAGAUUUGUGCAAAAAAUCCCUCAAGUUUUGAGUGUUCGCAUUGGCAAACAAAUUCGAAUAUCCGGAAAACAUAAUUUUUUUAACAGGCUGCAAACGAAUUUUGAAAGACAAAAAACAUAAAAUUGAGUUCGAAAACGGUUUGCAAAACAAAGGUGUGUUGAGUUCGAACCAGCAUUGAACUUAACCUAAGCUGAAAUGUUUAUCAACAAAAUAUGCAAGUUUUUCAGUAGUUCGGAAAUAUUGUAAAUGUGCGAGUUGCAAAUGGAAUGGAUUCGAACCGGCCACCGCACAUCUGACAAACUAAUUUAUUUAAUUAAUUUUAUGAAAUGUUGUAGACAGACUUUUUAAGAGUUUCAAAAACUUUAAGGUAAUGAACAAUUAAUUCAAAUAUGAAUUCAGUUUUCCGAUGUGUACGGCGAUAAUUUCGUUUCUCACAGACAUAUACCCUGCAUAUAUAACCCAAUAGGGCAUAUCCAAUCCAAUCAAUAAACUGCUGUGGCGCACUCACACAUAUAGGAAAGGAGCUGCAAAUGCAAACCCCAACAAGAGGAAGACCCCAUAUCAUAUCCACACCACAAUCAAAGCAAGAAAAUAUGAAAAUAACACGCAUUUUACACAAGAGAAUUGAGUUGACGAAUAUAUGAAUAUAUGAUUAUAUAUCUAUACACAUAUAUAUACAUAUAUAUAUAUAUAUAUAUAUAUUAUAGAUAAAUAUAUAUGAAAACUAUAUGGCUUUAUGACAUAGAAUUGUAUCCUGUAAAUGUAUUUGUAUCUGAUGAACAUGUACUUGCGUAUUAAAUAACAAAUACACACAUACACACACACACACACACACACACACAUGUACGUUGUGUACUUAGACGAGAAACAAGUCAUUUUGGCAAUAAUAAAGCAUAGAACAAA